GGUGGACAGGCGGCUGGAAGUGCGAGUGGCCGUGCGGUGGUCGAUUCCCAUCUGGACACAGACGAUGGCGAGCCCGCCGGCUGUGCCCCGGCUGCCUCCGCACGACCCGAGGACGCCGGCUCUGUCGGUGGUGGACAUGCACACGGGCGGCGAGCCGCUGCGCAUCGUGCUGGCUGGGUGUCCGGAGGUGGUCGGCCCCACGCUGCUGGCCAAGCGGCGGUACAUGCGCCAACACCUCGACCACGUGCGGCGACGGCUCAUGUUCGAGCCCCGGGGCCACCGGGACAUGUACGGGACUGUGCUGGUGCCGAGCGAGCUGCCUGACGCGCACCUGGGCGUCCUGUUCCUGCACAACGAGGGCUACAGUUCCAUGUGCGGCCACGCAGUGCUGGCUCUGGGCCGGUUCGCGCUCGACUUCGGGCUGGUGCCAGCCCCCCCAGCCGGCGCCCGCGAGGCCCUGGUCAACAUCCACUGCCCGUGCGGGUUGGUGGCCGCCUUCGUGGAGUGCGAGGGCGGCCGCAGUGGCGGCCCGGUGCGCUUCCACAGCGUCCCGGCCUUCGCGCUGGCCACAGAUCUCCUAGUGGAUGUUCCCGGUCAUGGAAAGGUGGUGGUGGACAUUGCAUAUGGUGGUGCGUUUUAUGCAUUUGUUAGUGCUGAAAAGUUAGGACUUGAUGUUUGUUCCACAAAGACAAGGGACCUCGUGGAUGCAGCAAGUGCAGUGACAGAAGCAGUGAAAUCGCAGUUUACAAUUAAUCAUCCUGACAGCGAAGACCUUGCCUUUCUAUAUGGAACUAUAUUAACAGAUGGAAAAGACACUUAUAGUGAGGAACCAACCACCAACAUCUGUGUGUUUGCAGAUGAACAGGUUGACAGAAGUCCUACCGGCUCAGGAGUGACAGCCCGAAUUGCCCUACAGUAUCACAAAGGGCUUCUAGAACUGAACCACACCAGAGCCUUUAAAAGCAGUGCAACUGGCUCAGUAUUUACAGGGAAGGCUGUGAGGGUGAGUGGCACCCUUAGCUUCUCAUUUAUAAUAAAAUGUGGUGAUUUUAAAGCUGUUAUAGUGGAAGUAUCUGGACAAGCCCAUUACACAGGUACAGCAAGCUUUAUAGUAGAAGAUGAUGACCCACUGAGGGAUGGAUUUCUUCUCAAAUGACUUAUAUGACUUUUAAGGGCUUUCUUUAAAUUGUUACCAUAAGUAAUUUUUCUCUGAAUUAUGUGGAAAACUGUAUCCAAAUUGUACAUGUAAGCCAACUAACAUCUUCUUAAAAUAAUACACUGUGGUUAAAUAUAGUCAUUAUUCCUCAUAUUUAUACAUGUGUAUUGGUAUAAAUAUUGCUUAUAGAAUACAAGAUGCAGAAUACUUUUCUAAUUAUUAACAUAUCAGGUAAAAUUAAAACCUUAGUUCUUGUUACUUUUAAAUAUUCCUCUGUGGUGAUUACUAUAAUCUGUUUUAAAUGCUCUUUGAAUAAUAGCUUCCAUUGUAGCCCU